AUGUCAUCCACCGCCGGCUUGGACAUCAUGUCCUCUCCAGAUCCUCUCGGUGACCCCAUUACGAGCUCCAUGUCGCGCGUGACACGCAGCAUGGCUCGCAGUCAGACAUCAACACAGAGGUCACAACGGCAGGGCUCUAUUCUGGCCAGCUCACCCAGAAAACAGACCUUUGAGCUCGACGUGGGUAACGAGCGAUCACCACAAAGGAUACUCGUAACCGUCGAGGCUGAGGACUCAGCCGCCCGCAAAACCCAUGUUAAUCGCCGAUUGUUCCCGCCACAAAAGCAAGCCACGCCGCGAUCUUCUGCUCGCCGAAAGGUGCGCACGACCACGACGACAGUUCCGCUGAGAGGGCUCACCGACGAUGAGGGGCCUGGAGGUUCAGAGACACCACGGAGGAGAGGAAGACCUCGGAAGUCAGGUACACCUAUGCCCUCGAAGACAGGGACGCCAAUGCCCUCGACCAGGAAAAGGGCCGGCAGUCCGCUGGAAAGCACGCCCCGGAGGAACCGCAGGUCGGUGUCCAUCACGGCAGACUCGGCAUCAGAAAUGGGUGACGAAGCGGAGGACAACCAGGAGACACCGAGGCCUAGGUCCAGAAGGUCACCUGUAAAGAGAUCGAAAACGCCGGCCAGAAAGACGACAGCAGCACAAAAGGCAGACGCUCAAGACACUGGAACUGCGAAGAGGAGAGGAAGACCUAGACGACAAGCCUUGGUCCCAGCCGAGAUGGAGGAGAUGGCCGAGCAAGAUACCUUGACGGAGAGCAUACCAAAUGUGAUCCCGGCUGGAAAUGACGAGACGAGAGAACAAGGCGCAAACGAUACGUUGCUGUCGACAAUCAACGUAUCCACUGACGGGUCUGUUGCCGGUGAUGAUGCGGAUGAAGAAGACAUGUGGCUUGCGAACCUCUCUGAAUCUCGCUCAGGACCAGCACCUAAGAUGGAACAAAGCAUGGCUGACAAUGCCGGUCCACCAAGUACUUUGGGUGGUGAACAGGAGGAAAGGUUGCACUUGACCUCGGAUGCUCCCAUCUCGGUAGCCACCGAUGGAGACGACGACGGUGACUUGAUAGAUUUUGGUGCCGCAGACAGAAGUGAUACCGAGUCGCUGGCCACAGAGAGCGUUGCACAGACAGAGACGGACCGUGACACGAUUGCUCAAGGAGAGGAUUUCAGCAUGAUCAUGAUGGACUCGAUCGUAUCCUUCCGCGAGUCCCGGCAAUACCGCGAGGAAAGCCUGCCCGAGAUGGGAGAGGCCACAAGCUUCAUUGUUGAUAGAGCGCUGGAAUCCAUCCGCCAUGGGCAGCCUGAUGACGAGCGCAUGCAGUUACAGGCUGACCAGGCAACCUGUCAGCAAUAUGACCUCACGACGAAUGCCGCAAAUGAGGCUGAAGAGGUAGCCGACUUGCCACAAAUACCAGCGGAAUCUACCCCUAUAAUCACCAACCGACCUCCAGGAGCGAUUGACAGCCGGUACAAGACUAUAUCGAAGAGCCCUAGGCGUGGCAAGACUCCCACUCCUCUCAGCAGGCAGCUGGCCCUCAAGUCUCUACGACAAGACGAGUCACUAAAUGAGACGCCUUUGGCUUCACGGGCAGCCAAGGCUGACGCUGCUCAAGAAGAAUCGAUACUGUAUGAUGACUCCUUUUCGGAAAUCCCAGAUGCCGUGCUGGAGGCAGCAACACCCCGUCCCCCAAGAAAGUACGUCGAGGACGAAGCAGGGACACAAGAGGAGCCUUCUCAUGAUGUCGAAGAGAUACUCAGUGACGGGGCACUUGAGGAUCACGGAAACGAUGUGGAGGAAGCUGCAGAUCCAUCUCGAGACAAUUCGGCGGAACCAGCAGCCGCUGCAGCUGCACAGGGCCCCCUUUCAGAUACUGGCAGUAUGCUUUUGACGCCGGAAGAGACCCCGUCGCCGACAAAUGAUGAGGCUUGUGCCGAGGAAGCUGUCGAUGAGCCCAUUACUUCUGACGUCGCAGAGGAAGAUUUGCGCUCAUCUCCCCCUCUUCUCCGACUUGCUAUGAGCACUUCGGGCACAAGCAGUGGGCGACACAUGAGGCACAAUUCAACUGAGACACCAAUCGACCCAUCUCUACCAGAGGUGCCAUCUGCACCGCCGGUAGCUGUGGCGGCCGCUGAUAGACUUGAUUUGCCGUCUCUAACGGCCCGCCCUCUGCUUUCGCCAAUUGUCAGGGCCGGGAGAGCACUACAAACGGUAACUUCUGAUCCACCAUCACCCAAGGGUCGGGAGAGCCUCCUUCGAAGUCCUUUCCGGUCCUCCGGCACACGAGACAGUCAGGAACAGCAGCCGUCUAGCAGACAGUCCACAAAUAUCACUGAGCAAAAUGUUUCCGAAGCACCCCAAUCGCCACCGACAGCUACUGCUCCGCAACCUCAGUCUACCCAAAGGAGCCAGAGGUCGUGGGCCCAGACUUUCAAUCCAAUGAAGCAGAUAAAGAACAUUAUGUCGCAGGGUGCACAGAUGUUCUCGUCACCAAAAUUCACCAUGCCCGAAGGCAUGGAUGAUCCUUUUGGUCCAGACCCGGACAUGCCAAAACCCGCAGCUUCACGUCUUCAGGCCAAUAGUCCAAUCACGCAAGAGCAGGAACAAGUCCCGGAGCCGGAGACACACCCUGUGACCGCCGACGAUACCUUACAGGAAGACGGAAUGGACUGGGAGCCAUCUGAAAGCCCCACUGAAGGUGUUGCUCGCAGAGCAAGAAGCGCUUCUGCUUCCAGCGUCUUCACAAAUAGAGCCUCCGCUCAAGCUGCGGCUUUUGAAGCAGAGUCCGAAGCGGAUGAUCCCGAUGCCACUGAACCGGAGUUGCACAACUCCGAUGCUCAGCCUGCAGCUGCUGAGAUGGAUGAUACUGAGGAAGACGAAGACGAAGAUAUCUGGGCAAUCGAAGCAGAGCGUCCAAUUGGCUCACCAAGAAAGGUUCCUCAGGUCCAGGACCCGACCCUGAACCGCUGGGGUAGAGGCAAAUCACCGAGUCCAUGGACCAGGGCGCAGGACGAACCAUCAUUUCAUGAGACUGAUGAUUUCUCCCUACUAGCAGUACAUGGACGAGAUGCAUCACAGCUAUCGCAAUCCAGACAAAACCCGCAAUCACUCCAUGUCUCAGCUCACGCAGUACCUGCCAGGCGGGUCGAUCUGUCUACGUUCUUCUCGUCUCCUGCGGUUGUGCCUGGGAUGCAGUUAUAUGCAGAGGAGGACACGGCCCCAGAAAAGCCCCCGAGCCGCCAACAAGAAGCGAGGGAAGAUAUCCAACUUUCAUCCGUUCGGCAAAAGGCUUUCCAGCCCAACAAGGGUCAGAGCAGGAGUAACUUAUUCUCGCCUGCACCAUUUCGCCCAGCAAGCCAGGCCCAAUCCCAUCAAAGCCUCUUUGCUCCUUCGUCUGCGGCGUCGAACAGACAGCAACAGUACGCCCACGUGCCACAGAAGCGUAACUUUGCUCCCUUCCUGAGCAAGCCCAGCGUCAAUGUAACCAACUCGCUUUUUGGUACGGCCAACGCUUAUGUGCGACCCCAGAGCGCAUCCAGUCAAAUCUCUGAGGCGGUCGAUGAGGAGUCGUACGAGCACGACGAGAACACCCAAGAGCGCAGCAUUAUCAGAGAUGACGACGAGGCAGAUGAGUCUAGUUUCAUUGCGCCCGUUCUCAAGCCAUUGCCUGAACGGACUGCCUCGCCUACCAAGUCCUGUUUACGCUCUCCUCUGAAGCCUAAGACCCCUGGCCCGGUGGUCGAGUUUUCGACCAGCACGCUGUCGCCCCUAGCGCAAGAGGAGGCAAGGGCCCGCAGGCAGCGCGCAGCCUACGGAUACGACCACGACGGUGAAGCCGACGUGCAGCCGAAACGCAUUUUAACUACUGGGGACAACGGAGAUAAAGAAAACAUGACCAGCACUUCGCGUCUCACAAUGCUCGCCAACAAGGCUAUCCCAAAGCUGGCACCCGCCUCAUCCUCGCUCCGCCAGCCUCUCACCGCACCAAAGGUGACUUCUUCGUCGGCUCCUUUAUCCCGCACCGAGUGGACAAAGGCCCACUGGGUUCAGAUGGACUUGCUGCUGCAAGAAAGACGGCGGGGGUCGCUCGACUUCCAGCUCCAACACCGCGGCGUGGGACUUGCGCAGCGUCGUAGGUCGGCUGCGCUUUUGGGCAAGCUUGUAUCGGCACAGGGCGAAUCAAUGGCACUCGAGCAGUGGCACCUCGACGUGGUCGAUGCUUUCCGUUCCGAACUGUGCGGAGGCGACGAUACCCUCUUUUGUGCUUGGGACGAACACGUGCUCGCGAAGCGGUUGUUUGCUUUGCUCGUCGGCGAAGAACGAAGAAAGCAGAAGAAGGCCCUUGCUGGUGAUGGUGCCACCAGAACGUCGGCGUUUGCCGCCCAUACAUAG